AUGGAGUCACAAGAAAUUAAUUCUGGCUUGUGCAUGCGUCUUACUACUCUAUUUCUUUACAAGCUUAAUAAAAUAUCGUGUUUGCGCCGUCUGCGGAAACAUCCAGGACGCAUUCUGCUAGUCUCAUCCAAGCUCUGCAUCAAGGCAACGGCCUUCACAACACUGGCAGAGGCAAACGCUAUGCUAUUCGUGGCACGAAACACAUCUGUGCCGGUCCCAAAGGUGUACUGCAGCUUCAAACAUAAGGACCGUACGUACGUGCUCAUGGAGAGAAUCGCAGGCCAAGACCUGGCGCAAGGGUGGACACAAAGGUCAGAGGAGUCCAAGGCACGGAUUCUCGCACAACUCAAGAUAAUAACGGCGGAACUACGCAGUAUUAUCCCCCCAGAUGGUAUCGGCGUUGCCAACGUAGAUGGAGGCCCGAUCUUCGAUCAACGUCUUCCUGACAAAUCCUUCUGGGGCCCCUUUGCAACAAUCCAAGACUUCCAUCGAGAACUACGCCAUGGACUUGAACUCGGAGACAAUGAAGAAGCUUUUCCAGGUCUACGGGAACUUAUCGAAUUUCACAACGGGCCAUGGCAGAGACCAGUUUUCACCCAUGGUGACCUUAGCAGUCUUAAUAUCAUGGCGGUGGACGAUAAGGUUACUGGUAUUGUGGACUGGGAGUCAGCGGGGUGGAUGCCGCCGUACUGGGAGUACACGACAGCCUGGAAUGUCAAUCCACGCAAUGUCUUCUGGCGGGACGCCGUUGAUGGGUUUCUUACGCCUUUACCACAUGAAUUGGAAAUGGAAACGAUACGUCGGCAAUACUUUGGCGAGUUCUAG